AUGGCUCGUUUAUCAAACUUAUUAUUUAUUUUAUUGAUUGCUGUAUCGUUACUUUAUGUUUCAGCCAACGUUGUUAUAUAUACUGUCACUUUUGUUUCAUGUGUUCAAAAUUCAACUUGCCCUCAAGGAAAUCCAACUUUCUUCAAUCAGACUUUUUCUUUAAAUGGUACUCUCAGUCCAAAUCUAACUUUAAACGUUGGUGAUCAAUUAAUAUUCAAUUUGGCAACAAAUGUUCCAAUUCAUCCGUUAACAAUCUGUCAAAACAGUUCCAUACCUAAAUUUUGUCAAGGAAGUGAUACCACUAAUCAACUUAGUACUCCAAUUACUCAAGCAGGUACUAAUGCUGCUGCUACUUUCAUGAAUGCUGGUAUUUAUUAUUAUGGAUGCAAAAAUCAUCCUGGAAUGGGUGCUAUAAUUAGUAUUGUUCAAACAACUACUUCUACACUACCACCUGGCGGUCCUGGUACUAGACAUAAAUGUUCUGGAUACCUCUUGCUCAUCACUAUUAUCACUUUAAUCGCAACUAUUUUCAUCUAA